AUGCCGUCCCGGGAGCUGGGAAGCUCUUCUGAAGCUCCAAAUAGCGCUCAAAGUGUUGGAACAACUUUAUUAAAAAGGCAUAAGAUCCUACCUCAUCCAAGAGAAGUUCGUCCUUCCGAUUUGGCGUCCCAAUCACAAACAUUCAAAUCUCGCGAUAGAAGUGCAGAAGCAGAAUCAACGCCGUCACAAAAUUCCGAAAAUCCAAAUCCGCGUAUGUUGAAGCAUACCUCGAAAAGGAUUGGCGCUCCCCUACUUCCGCCAACUCCACCAGCGCAUUCGCGACAGUCAUCUGGCACCAGCAGUAUUCUUGUUAUACCCGCGCCGAAUUCCGAGGUGCAGUCCGUGAAAGAUUCCAUUGUAGAAUCAAAACCGACCACGCCAACAAUUCAAAAAAGUCCACCCACUCCCGAUGUUACACCUCCACGCGCAAUGCCACCAUUGGCAUUCCGCCCAGCAUUAGCAAGCUCACGUUAUCCCUCUUCGCGAACAGAUUCCUUCCGAACAGCGCGGGAAAUUUUAUAUUCGUCAGAUGAGGAUGAAACAUCCACAGUUCGACCACGAAUUCCCUCUGCAAAUCCAUCUGAGGCAGAGGUAUUACAAAUUCCGCGUAAAGAAAUCGGACUGGGCUUGGGUCUAGAAUCCGACAACGAGGGUUCUGCAACACCAAAAGCAAAGGAAACACCAUCACAGCAGGAAUUUGGCGGUUUUGACGGAGAAUGGGUUACCUCUCAAGGAGAAAUAAGCGAGGUGGAACGGGAAUGGGAUGAUAAUCUCAUGAGGAAUGUAGUAGUUAGGAAGCGCAAAGAUAGGAAUACGAGCUUUGACGAAGAAGUUGCAAACGGCGAAUUAGGGGAAGAUAAUUUGAUUUCACCGACAGAAGCUUCGAAAAUUGUUCGAAGAUUACCUUUACAGGAGGAUUUCGAAAGCCACCGGCUGGAGAAAGAUAGGGUGGAGCCUACGUCAAAAGGUGGCACAUGGCCUAGAGUACGAAAAGACACCACAGAAUCUCCAGCAUUGUCAGAUACGAGAAGAUUUUCUACCAUGUCUGGUCACUCAACCACAUCUACAGUCGUUGAAGCGUUCGUCGUUGAUGUACCUCCCUCGCGAAUGAGAACCCUUCGCCAUACCAAAAAGCAGAUUGGAUUGAGGGAUUUUAGUUCAACCGAGUCAACGAUAAGCUCCACGACACCAUCUGAGAAAUCGAGUGAACAACAUCAUCGUUUAUUGCACAAAGCCGAACGAAUACCUGAAAGACACAAUGGAAGUUUGGCAUCGAUUACUACCCCAAGCAUCGCUUCGAGUCACAAAUCGCGCAGAAAGAUCAUACGCGAGGGUGGAGUACCCGUUGUGGUCAUUCCAGAUCGCAUGUCUUCGGCAAAGACCUCUAAACCUCCAUCUCUACGUUCAACAAGUAGUCGACAAACUAAAAGGAGUAAUUCCCUACAGUCGGCUCCCUUGUCACAAUCUUCGAGAACAAAUGAGCCUGGAUACUUUGACAUCAUGCGACCUACCAAUAAACGUACAAUGUCAGAAUCUGCAGGAUCAAGCAAUUCCGUACAUACUAUCGAUUAUCCUCCAAGUAUUCCAACUCGAAGGUCUUCACUUUCCGCUCCAACGAGCCGAAACACUUCUAGAGCUGGUUCAUUAACUGCUGAGAGCCUCAAAGCUCACAAUAUGCUCCAGGAAAAGCAUUCUUUGAAGAUAGAUCUAGCAGAAGCGUCAAAACCUAUUAUCUCGGAGAAAGAGAUUGAGCCACAGCAUGCUCGUUCAAGCAUAGAUCACAAUCGACUAAGUAUUGAUCAUCCUGACGAACGACAAUUUCAUGCACGGCGAUCCACACAAGCUACACCGUUUUCACAAGCGUCAUACGAAACAGCAGGUACCGCAGCAACAACCGCUGAAAUUUCGCAGGCUAUGGCAGUGUCGAUGGUUCCACAUCAAAACAAGUCAUGGACAAUGAUCCACAGAGAAUCCGAGCCAUCACCUCCCACUUUGAGACGAUUGAUCACGCAGCCAACUGUUGAGGUGAAUGGUGAAGCUAAUAACGGUCCUACAACUCCCCCGCAAAAUCUACAUACAAUGGAUGGAGUUGUCUCACCAUUGCGAAAUCCUCGUGCCCCGCCUGAACCACCGGCGAUUAAAUUUAUUCCUCCAACUCCAUCUGACAUGUCGCCUGGAGCAGCAGAAGAACGACAAUUAGGAUUUGACUUCGAUACUCGAAUGGAUGAAGAUGAUGAUGAUCGACCAUCAUCGUCAGACAAACUCAAACGUAACUUCUCUCUUCGUCGUGCUUUUACCAACCGGCGUUAUUCAGAUGUUGUCAUACCAGAAACUGGGUUGUUAAAACGCACAUUCUCACUGAGUGGUCGUCGCAAGGAUAUUUCAACUCAAACCUCGAAACCAGAGGCAAAUCCUUCUACACAUUAUCCAUCAGUUCUCGAUCAACCCGCUGAUGAUAGCAAGUUGCACCCAUUUUGGAGACCAGCCAAUUUCUGGGACGAUCUAGAAGAAAAUGAGAACGAUUCAGGUGACGAGGAAGAUUAUUUUCCUGAGUAUCACAGUCCGGGAAAUAGACGUGUGAUACCAAAACGUGGCCUUAGUGGGAAAUUAAAACGUACAUUUGCGAUUCUUCCGUUGUCAUAUAGUGAUGAGGAUUACAACCAAGCCCCUUUAGAUCGAAAAACAAUGCGAAGGUCUCCUAGUGGCAAUGCUUUAAGAGUUGUAAAGCAAAGAAGCAAUAACACAUUAAGACGAGAGGCGGACCAGAGGAUUCUUCGUGAAGCAAAGCCCGGAGAGUUCGGUCAUGGCUUCAAAGAGGGAAAUGGUGGUCGCAUUCACACAAUUCCUGGUAUAGGUUUGAGGAUUGAAUAUGUGGGUUUAAAAGGACUUGGGAAAAAACUCAGUGAAAGAAGAAGAGAACAGAGAAAUGCAAAGUUGCGAGCCACUAUCAGUGGACCCCGGGGACUGAGAAACGGAGUCGAUGAGGUCUUGGAAUCAAGAAGCGCUGAGUCGCGAAAUGUGAUUUGA